CAAACCCCUUUUUUUAAUAAUUAUAUAUAACAAAAUGGCACAGUCGCAAAACAGGAGAAACACCUGGGAUGGACAAAAUGGCCAUACCAGUGAUGUCAGGGCCACCGAACUUUUACAUUUAUACAUUUACGAUUACUGUAAAAAGCAAAAAUAUCAUCAAGCGGCUCGAGCGUUCUCAACAGAGGCGGGCGUAUCCACCGAUCAACCUCCCCCUAUCGAUGUCCCAACUGGUUUUUUAGCUGAUUGGUGGGGUGUCUUUUGGGAUGUUUAUUAUGCUAAAAGCAAAGAUGCUCAAGCAAGCAAAGAAGCAACAAUUCAUGAUGAGUAUCACGACUUUCUUAGAAACAAGAGAGAAGAAGCCUUACAGCAACAAAGAUCGUUUAAUGUACAUUCCCAACAACAACAAGCUCAACAAGCUCAAGUACAACAACAACAGCAGCAGCAGCAGCAACAACAGAGUGUGCCUUCGCAACACCGACCUUCGCCUGCUAGUAGCACUGCCUCUUUACCAAAUAGUGGCAUGCCACCUCCACCACCUACUAAUACUAAUUCCACCACCACUAAUAAUGUAAAUACACCGCAGAGCAUGUCCGCCAAUUUACCACCUCAACAUCCCGCACGACAUGCUACUGCUUCGCCCUCUUUCUCGCCUCAACAAAUGCAACGAGGUGCAGAAGUUGUACCUGAAGCCAUGAUGACUUCUCCCAUGGUGGGUCAACCCAUGUCCGCUGCUCAUCGAGCUCAACAAAGUAAUUUGAUUUCGGCUGCCAUGACCACAUUGGGUUUACAAGGUCGUGAUCAACAGUCUUUAACGAUGGAGGAAAAGCAAAAUCUUCAAAUGCAGAUUAGAAGAUACCAGAUCAAUCAACAACAGACCAUGAUGAGAAACCCACAAAUGAUGCCAGGUAACCCUCAAGCACAGGCCAGACUUCAAAUGCAACAACAAGCGUUGCUCCAACAACAACAGCAACAGCAACAGCAAGCCGCCAUGAUACAGCAGCAUCAACAGCAUAUGCAAGGCACGCCUAAUCAACAGCAAGCACAACUACCUCAAGGACAUCCGAUGGGAAGUCCCCAAGUGGAUCCCAAUCAAAGGCCAAAUGGUCCCAACAGUAAACACUUUCACCCCUUCCCCCCCCCCAUCAUGACUCUCUCCCUUUUUUUUUGUUUCUCUUCUCCUAACAAGUUUUUUCUUGUAGUGAAUGGUCAACCGAGGCCACAUAUGGUGAAUUCGGGUCCAAUGGUGAUGAACCCAAGUAUGCAUAAUCCCAUGAACGGAAACCCUUCUUUUAAUGGCGGUGAAAUGAAUUUAAUGAUUGCUCAACAAAUGAUGAAUAAAGGUCAGAUGCCUGCUGGAUUAACUCCUCAGCAGCAACAACAACAGCAACAAUUACAAGCUCAACAGCAGCAACAGCAAGUGCAAGCUCAGCAACAACAACAACAACAGCAGCAGCAGUUGCAACAACAGCAACAGCAACAUCAGCAAGCACAACAACAACAACAUCACCAACAUCAACAGGCCGGAGGACCUCAGACACCACCUAAUGCUAUGGGAAGUCCUAGCCCCGCUUUACCUGGAAGUGGAUCCCCUGAAGGCGGUGAUAAAAAGAAGAUUGCAGUGGCCUUGUAUCAGCGACGCCAAGUGAAUCAUGUGUUGCAACAGCAGCAACAGGCACAACAAGCACAACAAGCGCAACAAGCGCAACAACAGCAAUUUGUACCUCAUGCACCACCACCCAAGCGCCAGCGUACGGGGGACGAGACAUUGUCACCUCAGUUACAGCACAAGAUGCAACAGGAGUCGCCCGUGAUGGCUAUGCAGCAACGGUUGCAACAGCAACGGUUUGAUCAACAACAAAUGAAGUCUCCACAACAACAUCGAAAUGUGAUUCCGCAACAGAUUCAGCAGCAGCAGCAACAACAGCAACAACAUCAACAGCAACAGCAGCAACGUAUGGCAUGGAACCCAAAUGAUUUAGGAUCUCCGUCUGUGGAAUCUCCUGCUGUGAAUCAUAAUGUGAUGUCCUUUGAUCUGGAACGGUUUAUGAUGGGGGACAGUGGUGAUUUUGGCGAGAUGUUUGCGUCGGGGGAUGAAACGAAUGCGGAUCAAAGUUUGAUUCUUUCCAACACAAAUGAAGCGAGCACAGAUUUAGAUCCAUUUGGAGGCGGUUUUUUAGCUAGUAUGGGGGGUGGAUUGGAUUUAGAUGGUAAUGCGAUUCAUCCUAGUGUUUUACAGCAGCAACAACAACAACAACAGCAGCAACAACAAUUACAGCUUCAGCAUAUGUCAAGUGCAGUGUUGCAACCGUUUGCGGAUUUAUCAGGUCAUACAAACAAGGUAUCGACAGUGUCAUUCUCGGCGGAUGGAAAAUAUUUGGUGAGUGCUGGACAUGAUAAAAUUGCGAUUAUUUGGACGGUGAGCGAGAAGAAAGCCAUGUACAAUUUAGUGGGACAUACAGCCAAUAUUACUUGUGCGAGAUGGAGUCCAGAUAAUCGAAAUCUGGUAGCUACUUCGUCGUAUGACAAGACGUUGCGUAUUUGGGACGUAGGUAAUGCGAUUCCAGCUGAAGGCGAAGAGGAUAUGAAGAGUCCCAAACAGUUGGUAAAAUUGGACUGUAGAGCGCAAGUGACGGCAGUGGAUUUUGCUCCAGACCGACCUGAUACGAUUUGCUCAUUGGAUGCCGAGGGAGAAUUAAAAGUGUGGAAUUUAAAAACAUCCGUUUGUGAAAAAUCGUUAAAGAUGACACAAUCGAAAUCAGGGUUUUCAGCUAAUUCGAUGCGUUUCCACCCAAGAACGGCUAGUAUUUUGGCUUGUGGAGUAGGAAAUCAGAUCUACAUUAUUGAUAUUACUUUGGUUAAAGGUGGUAGCGGUAAUGAUAAUAUGGGUAUGCGUACGAUUACGACGGAUCACGGAAAGAACAUUUGUUCGUUUGAUUGGUCAGCGGAUGGUAACUUCUUGGUGGCUUCAUCGGAAGACAAGGUUUGCGUGUACGAGACGUCGCAUUGGAAAUGUGUGAUGAAUCAUAUCCCACAAAGUAAGGUACAUGGAUGUGCAUUUCUGAAUGGUGGAGAAAAGCUUCGAUUGUUGUAUGGAGGAUAUGAAGAGAUCUUUUUAUGGCAAUGUGGUAUUCCAGGAGCACAACCUAAAAAAGCAGGCUCUCAAUCAGGUAAUGUGGUGAGCAUUGCUUGUCAUUCUGUCUCUGGACAAACCAUUGUAGCUACAGCAAGUCAUCAUCCAAAAGAAAAGCACUUAAUGUUAUGGUCCAUUUAAAAAAAACCAAUUAUACUCCCCCCUUUUGUUAGUCAAUUAUUUUAUAUUCCACAAGACACACACACACACACACACACACACACACACACACACGAACCCAGACAAAAAAAAACAAAAAAAAAACCCCUAUAUUUUUUUUUCCUUAACACAUAUUGAUAGUAAAAUGUUUAUAAUACAAUGCUCAUUUUUUAAUA